UGAUAUUUUUCUUCUUCCUUUCUUCUCUUGAUUGGCUGAUUCUUCAUUGUCAUCAGAUGAAUCUCAUCCUCUUCUCUUUUGCAGGAACAAUAAGGAACAACGCUCAACACUCCCUUUUGAGCCUUUGAUUUGUUCCUGAUUCCAACUUAGGGUUUUGAAUUUUAAUACAUUUGAUUCUUCUCUGCUUGUCCUGUUAUUCUUUGGAGGAGCACUCAUCAAGACGUCUGCAUAACUCCUAGGUGCUUUGCUGAGGAGUCUCUCUUGCCUUCCUCCUUCUGAGUUAUUCUCUGCUUUUCACAGCUAGUGAGUCUUCUCUGCAUCCCCGUCAAGUUUGGCUUGAACUCUCUUUGCGUUUCUGUCGAGAAUCUCUCCAAUCAGCUUCUUCUCUUUCUCUUUCAAAAGAUAAGUUUCUUUUGGUUGAAUUCAAACUGUGUCAAUUUUGAUCACCAUCUUAUUCAGUUUGGUUCCUUGAACCACUUCCUUGGUUUUCUUAACUUUAAUUUCUCUCUUGUCAGACUUGUUUUUCCUGGUUCUCAGUUUGAUCACCGGCUUUUUCUUCUUCUCACAUUUUGUGGUGUUUUCUUCAGGUUUCCAUGGCUGAGACAUCUAUGAGUUUGAAGCUUCAGCAUUUCCAGCUCCUUGAUAACUCGUUUCAACCUCUUCCUUUGAUAAUGGAGUUGUUACUUCUUCACUCAAGGGCAUGUGAAGGUGGAAGCUUUUCUUAGCCAAUUCCACUUCAGGAAUCUUUCUUUCAUCUUGAUUAAGUAUGAUGUAGCUUCUUUACUUAAAGUGCCAUUCCAUGACAAGCUAGGAUUGGAACUUUGAAACUUAUGUCAAGUCUGGUGGAAAGCUAUUCAUUUGGAGUCAUGUGAUUUGUGCAGCCACUGUCGAUGAUCCAUGUGUUUUCUUCAAGGAGCUUGUGAUCUUCUUGUCUUGCAAAGAUCAUAUGUCUUUAGAGAUGUGACCCUGUUUGCCACAGUUGUAGUAGUUUCUUGUGUCUUUGUUUCUUUUGAACUCAGGUUUUUAAACCGAGCAUAAAAGGCACCUUCAGCAUCUUUCUCAUCAUCAUUUGGGAAAAAAAUUAUCUCAUGAGCUUCCAGAGACCCUAUCAGCUCUGCAUAGAGAGAAGUGCCAGAGAGCAAUCAAGGCAAAAGCUUCUCACAAGAUCGAACAUGGGAAAGGAUAAGACUUUGCCUUUGCUUGACCCUCGUGAGCCACCAGAACUUUCCGAAACCAAACCGGCAUCGAAAGUAUGGGCCAAAGAGUUCGGGGAAGAAUCAAGGCGGCUAUGGGAGCUUGCUGGACCGGCCAUCUUCACGGCCAUCAGUCAAUACUCUCUCGGUGCACUCACUCAGACUUUCUCCGGUCGUCUCGGCGAACUCGAGCUCGCCGCCAUCUCCGUCGAGAAUUCGGUCAUCUCCGGUCUCGCCUUUGGUGUCAUGUUAGGAAUGGGGAGUGCGUUGGAGACGUUGUGCGGACAAGCAUAUGGAGCAGGACAGAUUAGGAUGCUUGGAAUAUAUAUGCAGCGUUCGUGGGUCAUUCUCUUUACCACUGCUUUAUGUUUGCUUCCGGUCUACAUUUGGGCUCAUCCUAUUCUUUCCUUCUUCGGCGAAGCUCCUCACAUCUCGAAAGCCGCAGGGAAAUUCGCGUUGUGGAUGAUUCCACAAGUAUUUGCCUAUUCAGCCAACUUCCCGAUACAGAAGUUCUUGCAGUCGCAGGGGAAAGUACUUGUGAUCGCUUGGAUUUCCGGGGUGGUUCUUAUUAUACACACAGUCUUCAGCUGGCUCUUGAUCCUUUACUUUAAGUGGGGACUUGUAGGUGCAGCCAUCACUCUCAACACCUCAUGGUGGCUUAUUAUUAUAGGCCAGCUUUUGUAUAUCUUAAUCACCAAAUCAGAUGGUGCAUGGAGUGGAUUUUCUUGGCUUGCGUUUCGUGACCUCUACGGAUUUGUCAAACUGUCCUUAGCCUCUGCUGUUAUGCUCUGUUUAGAGCUUUGGUACUUUAUGGUUCUGAUCGUUGUCACAGGACUCCUACCUAAUCCGUUGAUACCAGUCGAUGCAAUUUCCAUUUGCAUGAACAUAGAAUGUUGGACUGCCAUGAUUUCAAUCGGGUUUAAUUCUGCGAUAAGCGUGAGGGUAUCGAAUGAGCUAGGUGCUGGAAAUGCAUAUCUAGCGAAAUUAUCUGUGAUAGUUGUCUCCAUAACUUCAACUCUCAUCGGGGUUGUGUGCAUGAUUGUUGUCUUAGCCACAAGAGAUAGCUUCCCUCAUCUAUUCACUACUAGCGAAGCUGUGGCAGCGGAAACCACGAGAAUAGCCGUCUUGUUGGGCUUCACUGUCCUUUUGAACAGCCUCCAGCCUGUCUUGUCAGGGGUUGCGGUUGGAGCCGGGUGGCAGUCUCUGGUGGCAUACGUGAACAUUGCGUGCUAUUACAUAAUCGGACUUCCUGCUGGUCUUGUUCUUGGAUUCACACUAAACCUCGGCGUUCAGGGAAUAUGGGGAGGUAUGGUAGCUGGAGUCUGCUUACAGACACUUAUAUUGCUUGGAAUCAUCUACUACACUAACUGGAACAAAGAGGCUGAGCAAGCCGAGAGUCGGGUUCAGAGAUGGGGAGGAACGGCGCAGGAGCUAUGAUUUACUCUCGUUGGACGAGGAUCAUGAAUUUGUUGAUUAUUUGUUAAUGUUCAAUGUUUUAAGCAGGUUAUUAUUCCAAAGAACAAUUUCAUCUCUCUUUUUGUUUGUUCGAUAUGCCUAAAGUUUAAUGAAUCUCUCUGUGAUUGGUGGAGAGGAUUUGUUGUUCUAGUCUUAUCGUAGGGCCUAAGAUGGUUACCAAGUCAAAUGUUUUAAAAAGUUUUGUUUAAAUAAAAA